GAAGCUGGAAUGAAUGUCUGGUCGAUACACGCAGAGGAAAGGAGAGGUCUGUGGUUUUCUUCGUAAUGGAAAUUCUGGGAAGUUGAGAACGGAGCAGAAGAGACCAGAUUGAUGCUCGGAUCGAGAGAGGAGCAGAGUAGCAGCGGGAGAGAGAGAGAACAAAUUGGGGGGAGAAGCCUGAGAUGGAGAUUAACAGGUGAGAUAGAAAAAUUGAGGGAGCGUUGUACUCAAAACCGACAGAAGAGGGUUUUCUUUGGGUUGUAGAAGUGGAUUAGGGCACGGAUCAAAGAAGAUAGAGAGCUGCGAUUGAGGGCAAAGUAGAGAAAUCAGAGGAGAAGAUUUAGGUUUUGUAGGGUGUUGUUGGGUCCUAAACCCAGAAUGGAUAGAAAUGGGGGAACCGAGGGUGAUUCUUGGCAAGUCAGAAGAGCAUGAGCUGGCAUACAAUUAUUUUGGGUUCUUUAGAGAGGUGGACAGAGGAUUAGCCGUGUGUCCUUCCUCAUGACCGAGAAAGAGAGAACCGGAGAGUGUAACAGGGAGAAAGGAGCUAAAAUCUGUCGUAAUUGGUCAGGAGUGGCCUUUGUUGCCGGAGCCGUAUACGGCGCGAGGUCGUUUUCUUGCCCACGCAUCUGAACGCAUGUUGAUAUUCUAAUUGACGGGUGAACUUCUCCUGCCACCAAAAUUUGUAGAAAAAUGCCGCCUUCUUGUGAUGAUGACGAAGAAUAUGAGGAGAGUGGUGGUAACCAGCUUUUGGGGUUUAUGUUUGGGAAUGUUGAUAAUUCUGGUGAUUUGGAUGUUGAUUACCUCGAUGAGGAUGCGAAGGAGCAUCUGUCUGCACUGGCAGACAAGCUGGGUGCAUCACUUACAGAUAUAGAUUUGUUGGAAAAAUCAUCUAAUGUGCGAGCUGACAGUGCUGAACAAGAUUAUGAUGCGAAGGCUGAAGAUGCAGUCAACUAUGAAGAUAUUGAGGAACAAUAUGAGGGGCCGGAGGUUCAAGCUACCAGUGAGGAGGACUAUUUGCUUCCAAAAAAGGAUUUUUUUUCUUCUGAAGUUUCUUUGGGUACUGCAGAACAUACAAAUUCUGUAUUUGAUGAUGAAAAUUACGAUGAGGAUGUGGAAUGUGAAAACAAUCAAGGUGCAGUGGAGAGACAAGAUGAAACUACAGUUAUAACUACAAUUUCAGGUGAGUAUCUUGUUGACAUGUCAGAGGGAGAGAAAUCUCCUGGACAUGAUAGGCAGCUGGGCUUACUGAAUGCUGAUAAUCAGUUAGAAGUUGCAGAAGAUCUUCAAGAGGUGGUGGCUGAUGUUCUUGAAGGCCCAUUAGAUGGUAAAUCUUUGACUUCGUUGCCUGUUUUGUGCAUAGAAGAUGGGAUGGUAAUCUUACGCUUCUCUGAAAUAUUUGGUAUUCACGAGCCCUUGAAGAAAGAGGAGAAAAGAGGCCAUCGAUAUUUUACAUAUAGAGAGAAAUACAAAUGUAUGGGUACUUCUGAUCUUUUUGAAGAGGAUGAAGAGGCAUUUCUGAAAGGUGAUCCUCAAGGGUUUUCAAUUGUGAAAGAGGAAGAAGCAAUUCAACAUGAUUUUAUGAGUGAUGAUGGCUCAGACUUGGUAAAACUUGGUGCCAUAGGAAAUGUUUCAAUCCCUUCGCAAGUUGAUGAGCCAAGAAAGGACUCUUGUGUUAGUGGGGAACCAAUGGAGGACUUAACAUUUAGUUUCUCUACUGGAUGGCAGUCACAAUUGUGUGCGAUUUUUCCUCUUGAUCAGCAACAGUGGGAGGAGAGAAUUCUAUGGGAUGAUUCCCCUGCAAUGAGUGAUAAUUCUCAGAGUUCCAAAUUUUCUGGACCUGACCUUGAAGGUUGGCUCAGUAGAGAAAGAGAUCCAGAGGCUGGGCCUCGAGAACAUGUUCAGAUGGAUCUCAUUGUGAAGCCGGAUGGGAGGGAUCAUACUAGCCUUGUGCAUAACUAUCCUGUUCUGUUAGAGUCAUUUGAUUCAGAUAAGCCUUCCGGAACUGUGGACCUGCCAGUUUUUGAAGGCUACUUUCAUCCUCAACUCUUGAGACUAGAAUCUCGGCUGGAAGUUGGUGCUUCUAAUCGUGGAGAUGAUGGACAUGAUAAUUUGGCUGUAGAGCUCCUUCAAAGCGAUGUCUUAAGGCACUUUAACAAGCUUACCUUACAAAACAGAGACAUGAUGGAAGAGUCAUGGUUAGAUGAUAUCAUAUGGGAACCACAUAAAUCUAUUUCAAAGCCUAAGCUAAUUCUUGAUCUUCAGGAUGAGCAAAUGCUUUUUGAAAUCUUGGAUAACAAGGAUAGUGGACAUCUAGAGCUUCAUGCUGGGGCUAUGAUAUUAUCUCCAUCUGUAAAGCUCAGCAAUGGUGAUUCUUUUGAAUUACAUGGUCGUAAAUAUCAGUCUGGUUGGCAGUUCAAUAUUUCUAAUGACAAGUCCUAUAUAAAUGGAAAAACCUUUCAGCAACUGCAAUCAAAUUCUAAUAAGCGAAUGGUUCACUGUUUUAAAAUUCAUCAUUCAGCACCAGCACUUAAGCUUCAGACGAUGAAACUGAAGUUAAGCAAGUAA